UCACAAAUGUGGAAACCCUUCAACAUGCAAAGGUUACAUCAAAGGCUGCACUAACAGCAGCUUCUCAGUGGCAUUGGCUACAGUAGUGCAAUCUUCAGCACUGAGGAAAUGCACCAGCUGUUUCACAGUCUCCUGGAAGACAUCGGCAAUAGGACAGGAGAGGACAUCGAUAUCGGCACUGCUCUUUAUGCAAGCGACCGAUUUAAGCCUCAUUCUAAGUUUCUGGAGGACAUGAAGGAGUUUUACCACUCGGAUGGCUUCACUGUAGAUUUUAGGGUCAAAGAAACAGUCGAUCAAAUUAAUAAAUAUGUGGAGGAAAAAACACAUGGAAAAAUCAAUCAAGCUGUCGAUGAUCUGGAAGAGGAUACUUUGAUGUUACUUCUCACAUACAUAUAUUUUAAAGGAAAAUGGGACAAGCCUUUUAACCCAGAAACAACCAGCGAGAGUACAUUUCAUAUAGAUGAUAAGACCACCGUUCCAGUGCAAAUGAUGCAUCAGUAUGAACGUGUCAAAGUCUAUUAUGAUGCUGAACUGUCCACUAAAGUUCUCUGCCUUGACUACAACGAUUCCUUCUCCAUGUUUCUGGCAGUCCCAGAUGUUCACAUGGGGAGAAAAACCAUCAAAGAUCUAGAGAUGACAGUCUCUAGGCAGCACGUUGAAAAGUGGAGGAGAAGUGUAUCUGAGCGAAUAGUUGACAUCUACGUCCCCAAGCUUUCUCUGAAAGCAUCAUACUCCCUGAAGGAUAUUUUGAAGGGAAUGGGAAUGGCUGAUAUGUUUUCAGAUAAAGCCGACUUUACAGGAGUUUCAGAGGAAAAGAUCUUCGUUUCAAAAGUAAAGUUUCAAAUCCAUCUCUAUUCAAAGUCAAAAAGUCAAGUCAACAGUGAUUUGCAGUUCUGA